AUGGAGGACGAUGUUGGUAUGGAUGAUGACAACACAAAACCAGUUCCGGGUGCUCCAGAGGAUCCUUCAUUGCUAAUUAGCUUCCAUAACCAUGUUGCUGCCGCUGUUUGUAAGAAAAAGGAACGGGGACCUCUUGAAUGUUUGAAUCAUUCUCGAAAGCUUGCUGAGUUGGAGGCUGACCUCAUGGAGGACGAUGUUGGUAUGGAUGAUGACAACACAAAACCAGUUCCGGGUGCUCCAGAGGAUCCUUCAUUGCUAAUUAGCUUCCAUAACCAUGUUGCUGCCGCUGUUUGUAAGAAAAAGGAACGAGGACCUCUUGAAUGUUUGAAUCGUUCUCGAAAGCUUGCUGAGUGGCCAUGGAUGUCACCAACAGUCGAAAAUGUUAGGUGGAGACAUUUGCAUGGCAAUAGAGUGGCAAUAUCUGCCUUCGUUGAAAGGUGGCAUCCAGAGACAAAUACAUUUCACAUGCCAGAUGGUGAGAUGAUUGUCGCGUUGGAUGAUGUGUGGACCAUACUUGGCAUUCCAAUCACUGGCAUGGCUUUAUCAUGUCCUAAGUUAACAAGAUACGAGGUUGCUGAACUGCUAGAGUGGUUACGAAUUAGAUUUCAUGAAGUUAAAGAUACAGAUGAUGCAAAUUUCAUAGAAUACGUAGCGAGAGCUUACUUGCUAUAUUUAUUAGGUUGUACCCUCUUCGCUGACAAGAGUGGGACUCAAGUAUCCAUUGCAUACCUGCACAUGUUAACUGACAUUGAUGUUGUUAGCUCAUAUGCAUGGGGUGUUGCAGCAUUGGCAUUUCUGUGUAGACAAUUAGGACUUGUUAGUAGGGUUGGUGUUAAGCAGAUUGCUGGUUACUUGAAGCUAUUGGAAGCAUGGAUUUAUGAGCAUUUUCGUUUAAGAACGCCUCAUCCAAAUUUGUCCUAUUUUGAUUAA